GCCCUCUUCUUAACUUUUAGCUCUUUCGUGUGGCCGGUUGCUGUGCACCUAGCGUGGCGGGUGCAUGUUCCAAGACACCCCCACAGCUGGCUGCUCUCUUCAACGGCGUCUCCUGGACCGGACCGGGGCGCAUCAAGCUUUGCGAUUGAAGGCAUCCACGUGCCGGUUUUGUUUGCAACAUGGAAUGCGUUUCGUUCGAUCCUGCGGGCAUUUUAGUGUGAAUCAACAGGAAAUCGCUAUGAAGUAGAGAGGGCAGCUGACAAUGCUGUUGCUGUGAAAAGGCCAGGGAGCCGAAGAGCUGCGUCCCGGGUGGGCGAAGCUGCAAACGUGCAGGUUUUGAGUGGCUGAAGGCCAGCGUCCACCUAACUCGCGAGCAGCCCCCGCGGUGUUGCCCUCCAGAUGUUGACCGGUGCUCCCGUCUUUCACAGGUCUUCUCCAUGAAGAGGUACCAGGAGCUGAUCGCCCCCUACGCCCGUCUCCUGCCCCACGAGAACAUCAGCCGGGUGUCGGAGGUGGUGACGGGCGAGCGCAGCGUCUACGUCUUCUUCGCGCGCAGCUACGGCGACAUGCACUCCUACGUGCGCGCCUGCAAGCGGCUGCCGGAGGAGGAGGCGGCGCGGCUCUUCGGCCAGAUGGCGGCGGCGGUGGCGCACUGCCACGAGCACGGCGUGGUGCUGCGGGACCUCAAGCUGCGCAAGUUCGUCUUCGCGGACCUGCAGAGUGCGCACCGGAGGUCAGCUACCACCGGUGCAGCGCCGCUCCGGGGGCCCGGGAUGCUGGAAAACCAGCGCCCGUUCCGUCACGGCGGUAGCCACGACGAAAUGUUGCGUGUGUGUGUCUGUGCGCGCAUGAGCGUGAACCUCCAGCCGGCGCCUCGCGCUCUCCCCCUGAGGCUCAAGCGCCUGGACUUCGAGGACCCCCUGGACAGCGACACCCCGAAAUGCAAGCGCCCCCGGCUGAGCCAGCCCCCCUCGCCGGGCCUCGCCCCCUGCCUGCGGCCGCUGGCCCAGAGCCCGAGCCCCAGUGGGGCUGAGCACCGCGUCUCCUGCAUCGGGCCCUACAUCCUGCUGGAGGCGGGCGAGGGGGCUGGCAGCUUCCGGGCCGUGCACCGCGUCACUGAGCAGGAGUACACCUGCAAGGGGAUCUCUCUGCUGGCCCUCGGGGGUGACGUGCUGCAGAAACGCUGUGCUCAAGCCGGGGAUCUCAAGCCCAGUCCUGGCCUCACCUUUCGCCUGGGCGUGGUGCUGUACACCAUGCUGGUGGGCCGCUACCCCUUCCAGGAUGUGGAGCCCGCCGCCCUCUUCAACAAGAUCCGCCGGGGCGUCUUCAGCGUGCCCGAGUCGCUCUCGCCCCGUGCCAAGUGCCUGGUGCGCUGCGUGCUGCGCAAGAGCCCGGCCGAGAGGCUGGAGGCCUCCGAGAUCCUCCUGCACCCCUGGCUCCGCUGCGGCGGCACGGCGUCCGCCCCCGCGCCCCUCGGCCCCACGGACAGGCACGGCGCCGACCAGGUGGUCCCGGACUUCGACAGGAGCGAAGAUGCUGACUACUUAUAAUUAAGAGAAGGGGGGGAACCUCCCCCCCGAAACGACCCGACCGAGACUCGCCGGGAGACCAGGCUCUGCUCUGUGCCCUCAUGGCCGGGGGGCGGGGGGAGGGGGGCUGCCAGAACCCACAGCGGCGAGGAGAGCAGACGAGAGUCGGGCACGGUCUACCACGAACUGACAUUUUGCAGCGGCGUUGCGCUGGGCGGUGAACAAGGAAGGUUUUUGAAGAUGUCAUUGCAGCUGACGAGAUCUCGGAGGGAUGGGGACUCGGCCGGGUCUUUUUCCACGGCGGGGGGCCUGCCUGGGAGACGGGGGUGGGGUUAAGCGAUUUCGGAGAAGCUGUGGGAACCGCCCUGUGCGGAGAACUGCGUGUGCGCGCAAAGCAAAGGGGGGCGUUUCAGAGGGCUUCUGGGCCGGCUGGAGAAAAACGCCAUCCUCCUGAUGUUCUGUUAAAAAAUCAUUUCUUGAGACCACUUUCUUGGUUGGAUUUAGGUCAACAGGAGUGGCAGAGAGAAGCAAAAAUCGGCUUCACUAGUCCGAGGACAAGGGAAGCCCUUCAGAAGGGGUUUUUGUUUUGAACCAGGGCCCCAAUGACAGCCCACAGGCAGUGUGGAUUUUAGACUGACGCGAAAGUCUGCAUCUCCUCUGGCCCUUUCCUCACGGAUGGAAAAUCCCUGUGUGCAUCUUGCCGUGACCUGUCUGUUCCCUCCGUGUUGCUACCGGUCUUUCCCUUGGCACAACAGCAAAGCUGCAGGGUGACGAGCACAGCAGUGCGAAAGACGAAUAAUCGGGGGGGCGUGAUCUGGGAAGAGAACUGAAAUCGGCUGUAGCAUUACUAUCUUCGGAUACCUCUGAACUCCAUACUGUCCUGGAAUACUUGAUGCUCAAUGAGGUUGGUGCCUUGUUUUGUACUGUUGUUUACAUAUUGCUUUGCAAGCGGUAACCUGGGUCCAGGAAUUCAGAAGUGCCUUUAUCCACGAAAGGAAAGGAAGAUUUUGUUUGGUUUUUUUUGGGGGGAAAAGAAGCUGUUUGUUCUGCUGUUAUUAAUCCAAUCAUGAGUUUCCAUACCAAAGUCCUGCUCCAGCUCUGCCCUUCCUCAGGACACGGCCUGCAGGCCACACGUCCAGUCCAGCCCUGGUGGGGGCCGAUGCCCCGCCUGUGUUUCAGGGGGGAGGACGGUGGGCGCUGGGCUUCGGGAGCAGGGUGCAGCCACACGGGCGCGAGGAGCCCGCUGUGCAGCUGUGGUGCCUGCGGAAGUCUUGUUUUGUGAAUCUGUAAAUAACGUUUUCUAAUUUUGCAAAAAGACAUGCACACUACGUUUUUUUUGGGGGGGGGGCGGAAGGGGAGUAUUUGU